AUGCGAGGCACGUCCAAUUUUGUUUUGUGUGGGUUUACCAGGCGUAGUAAUGUUCGGAAUAGCCGCCUCUACGAACGUGACUCUGAUGCCCUGUAUCUUCGAGCUGUUGAUGGAGCCGAGGUUGGCAGUGUUUUCCGCGGCGCCUAUGCGCGCAGUCGUCAUGAGCCGACCGAGUUCCUUGAUCGCAGGGAAAAACUUGAUCCUUUCAAGUUACACGAGGACAAGGAAAUGAUUAUGGACUUCGGAAAACUCGCCUCCGGUAAAGACACGAAGAAACAACCGAACGAGAAACCGAGCCAAGCCCUGGCGCACGCCCUCUUUCGUCGACUCGUGGAAAUGGAUGAAUCCGCCUACGCACACAGUCGUCGUGAACCGACCGAGUUCCUUGAUCGCAGGGAAAAAAUUGAUUCUUUCAAGUUACACGAGGACAAAGAAAUGAUUACGGACUUCGGAAAACUCGCCUCCGGUAAAGACACGAAGAAACAGCCGAACGAGAAACCGAGCCAAGCCCUGGAGCACGCCCUCUUUCGUCGACUCAUGGAAAUGGAUGAAUCCGCCUACGCACACAGUCGUCGUGAACCGACCGGGUUCCUUGUUCGUAGGGAGGAAGAUGGUCCUGCCAAGUCAGACGUAGAGGCUGUUGAGGCCAUGUCGAAGCCCUCCUCCGGGUAA